CACUGACCUCCCUUCUUUUCUUUGCCCUGAAUAGAGUUUCCAGUUUCCAAACCUAAUGUCAUUUUGCAGCUGGAACGAGAGGAAGAGCCGUGGGUCCCAGAUCUCCAAGUCUCUGAGAAAGAAGUGCUCCCGAGAGCUGCCUACACAGGCGCAGGGAGUGAUCUAUGUCUGGAUUCUCUCUGUCUCCCAUCAGGUGAUGAGAUGGUGAGUGAUAACGAGGAGGAGAAACCCCAGCAGGAAGAUGCUGAGCAAGUAGAAGCAUAUGGGACAUUAUCAGGAAGAUCCAAAGGGAAUGUUUCCGGGAUUUGUGCACACCCAGAAAAAGCAAAAGCCUGUGAGAGUGAGCAGAGGCCAGAGGAAAUCUUCAGUAGCUUGUCAGACCUUAUUUCAAGUGAGAGAAUCAUCUCUGAAGACACAUAUUACACAUGCCAUGAGUGCGGGAAACGCUUCAAUUGGCGUUCAUACCUUAUCAGACAUCAGAGAAUCCACAGGGGAGAGACGCUCUACACAUGCUCUGAGUGUGGGAAAAGCUUCAAUCAGCGCUCAAACCUUAUCACACAUGGAAGAAUCCACACAAGGGAGAAGCCCUACACGUGCACUGAAUGCGGGAAAAGCUUCAAACAGCGCUCACACCUUAUCACACAUCAGAGAAUCCACACUGGAGAGACGCCUUAUACGUGCACUGAAUGUGGGAAAAUCUUCAAACAGAGCUCAAACCUUAUCACACAUCAGAGAAUCCACACAGGAGAGACACCUUAUACGUGCACUGAGUGUGGGAAAAGCUUCAAACAGCGCUCAAACCUUAUGACACAUCGGAGAAUCCACACAAGGGAGAAGCCCUACACGUGCACUGAGUGCGGGAAAAGCUUCAAACAGCGCUCACACCUUAUCACACAUCAGAGAAUCCACACAGGAGAGACGCCCUAC